AUGGCCGUCACAGUGCGAGGACUGCUACUGCCUUUGCUGCUCAGCUUCGGUGUGCCAUGUAUAUGUGUCUACAGCAGCAGCGGAGAAUGCUUCUUCAACACAAAAGGGACGUGUGAAUACAUGGACCAAACCUUUACCAUGGGAGAGAGCUGGAUGACGAGUGACUGUCUCCAAUGUGUCUGUAUGGAGCCUUUUGGUGUGGGCUGCUGUGAUCAGGGAUCGAAGCCUGUGGACUAUCCAGACUGGUGCGAGAUCAUUCGAAAACCUGACUCCUGCACGAGUGUCGCUGUGAUGAAGACCAACCACAAGCUACCUUACGGUAUAGAAAACAUGUGGAUUCUUUCUCCGUUGCCGCCAGGAGGAGAAACCCUCUACCUUCAGACUAGUAAAAACUAUGUGGUCGGGAGAAAAACCUGCGACGUUAUUUUAUCUGAGGACCAGUCCAUCAGCCGAGCUCAUGCACUGCUCAGCACCACGGAGCAGACUCUAACUGUGAAGGAUACGUCCAAGUACGGAACCUCUGUCAACGGAAAGCGUUUGGUUGAGAAUACACCAGUCAAUGUGACAUCUGGGAGCAACAUCACAUUCGGGGUCUUCAACAGCAAGUUCAGAGUGGAGCAUAUGCAGCCUGUGGUUUGUUCUUCUUGUCUGGACACCGAUGGAAAGGCAUCUCUCUCUGAAGCACUGCAGUUUGUGGGCGGGAAACUGGUGGGAACGUGGAAGCAGGAGUGCACACACCUCAUCAUGUCCACGGUCAAAGUCACCAUCAAGACUAUUUGUGCUCUUCUGAGCGGCUGCCCAAUUGUGAAGCCAGAGUUCUUCUCAGCUCUGCGUGCAGCCGUCCAAAACAAAUCCCCUCCUCCUGAAGCCGACAGGUUCAUACCAGAGAUCAAUGAGCCCAGCCUGAACAAGGACAAAAUAAAAAUUGGAGUCAUUUCUGAACGCAGGGAGCUCUUUGCCGGAAAGACCUUUGUUUUUCUAAAUGCUAAACAGCUGACACGCCUCAGCGCCGCAGUCUCCUGUGGAGGCGGCCACUGUUUACUGCUGGACGAGGGUUCUCUGCCGCGCGACGUCCUGGAGUCGCCCCAGAGCUGUGUGGUCGACGUCACGUCCACAGCCUCUCAGCCACUGCUGCCCCAGACCACUGAGCACUGGCUCAACGCUGUCAAGAGCAUCGUUGACAAGAAGGGUCUGCGAGUCAUAACGGAGUCUGAAAUUGGGAUAGCAGCCAUAUAUGCCUCAUGUGACUCAUACUGCAAUGCCUCUCGUUCGACAGAUAGGGAUUCUGUUCCCCAUGUGAAGUCCCGCAUCCCGAGUGCGUCGCUGUCCCAGAGUGUAGCCGUGGAUGAAACCAUGUUGGCGGCUCCUUCGCCGAACAUCACUGCCUACGCAGCCAAUACAGAGCCUUCACAAGGGUGUGAUCGGCGAGAGGUUUCUGGGAUUUCUGCCGUGAGGGAGACGCCAGAAAAAAACUUCAAAUCUAAAACUCCUGAAACAAAGCAGAAAAGGGACUCGCAGUAUUUUGUAGCUGAAUCUCGGAGCUUCUCGCUCAGCACCGAGGAGCAGACGGAGUCAAAACAAACAAUAGAGGAAUCCAAAUUGACAGAAGACGGGCCGGUUGGCCGUCCACCUCAGCCAGUCUUCAAACAGCCUGAACGUGCAAAGGCUUUAUCACAAAAACUGUUCUCUCAGAAAACCAGGACUUUUGAACAAGGAUCACCUCAAAAACGAUCCCCACAAAAGCAGUCUGCGCUUACAAGCUUCUUUCAGCCGGUCAACAAGAAAAGGCAAUUAGAGGAGGACAUUAGCACUGAGACGUCCCAGCAGAAGCGACCUGUCCGGGAGGCCUCCAGCACACGAGAGAACAAAGCACAGGGUCAAAAGAGGAAAGAGAUGGAGGAUCUGGAAGAGCUGGAGUCCAUAAUGUCUGAAGAUAUGGACUGUUUUGACGAACCGCCCCCAAGAAGCCAAAGCCGGGUGAAAGAGGGCACUUCAAAACCACAGAGAGAAGAUCGUAAAGUGGAGGUUUCCAGUAAGAAGCAGAGAUUUGAGGAGAAAAAGGAUGAGGGAAGGCAGAAGAAUCAGGCAGAUCUGGAAAAACCAUCGACCUCGAGCAGAAAUGUGCAAACAGUCAGAAUUAAAGAGCAAAAUGUGUCUGUGAACAUUGAUGCAUAUUCAAACCAGACAUCUGUCAUGAGACCGGCCAGCGAUCCUCCAGCUGUUAAGAAGCAAAACAAGCUACCUUUCAACAACGGUGGAAGUGAUUUUAUUGACGAUAAUGAACUUCUCAAAGCAGAAGCCACUGAGGUUCCUGUGAAACCAGUGACUGUCAAAAAGGAGCUCAAAGAACCAAAGCUGGACGACAGUUUGCCCAAGAACUUGUUGGUGGUGGAGUUUAGAGAUCUGAAAGUGGCAGAGCCUCCAAUAACAGUGGCGAAACCCAAACAGACCAAUGGAUAUUCAAAGAACUUUAAAUGUUUCCGUAAGGUGCAGAUGCGCUGUGUGGCCCCUGUGAUCAGUGGGACAGAUCUGCUGGUUCAUAACAGAGGCAUAAACUCUGAUCUGGACGAGUGGCUCAAAGACGCUGCAGAAGAGGAAAUUCAGAGCCGACGCGACGAGACCAUGGGAGACGACCUUUUCAGAUAUAACCCCAGCAAACUUACCAGAAGAAGAUGA